CUGUGGCAGCUGAAAGAGAUCACUUGGAUACUCAUCUCUAUUUUUGAUCAGUAGGCCCUGCUGAAAUUCAACAAGGCAGGAAACGUUGGCUCCAACGUCCGGUGGAGGAGCAACUUGUGGCGUUGGAGCAGGAGGAGGUAGAGCGGAGAUUUAUAUAUACAAAGGAUUUCUCUGAAACACUAAUAGAAGGAAAUAAGCUAAUAACUUGUGUGGAUGGGAAAUUUCAGCCGCAAGCACAACAAAGCCCCCAACAAUGCUGCAAUGCGGCGAGGCUGCGGCAUCUGCCACAGCGCCAACUAUUUGGCGAUGAAUGCGAGCCAAGAGACGAACCAACUCGAGAGCCGAAUGAGCGCCAAUUGCACGAUGAUUUAGUUUCAGUUUCGGCUGCUGCUCGCAGAGCUGACGAUGACGAUGACGACGGCGAUGUCGACGAUGACGAUGAGUUUGCUCUUUGGCAAUUGCGGCGGCGGCGACGGCGGCUCCAGCAAUGACGAUGACGCUGUGCAUUUUCUGUGUGGAGCUGCGCUCAUCUAUUGGCCCCCAGCCGAUGUUAACGGCGCCGCGCUCGACCUGCUCUUGAGUAUAAAACUAAAAUUGAUGCGAAAUUUUUUCUAACUUUUGCAUCAACUCCAAACGCGGCAACACGUGCAGCUAGCAGCUCGCGACCCAAAAACAUAGCAACAACAACAGCGAAACAAACUCAAAAUCACAUUUAAAUUACGUAUACGCCGCGUAGCCGUAAACCCAAAAUCACAGACAUCAUGGCAGCCGCAACAACAGCGAACAAAUCACCACAACAACAACAUCAACAACAGCAACAACAACAACAACUAGAUAGCAGUCGGCAGCAUCUUCAUCUGGCUGCCAGCAACGGCAGCAACUACGCCGCCUCCUCGAGCAGCUUCUUUGCCUCCUGCAUGUCCAUCGCUUUUGUUGUCGUGUUCGCUGUGCUGCUGGCAGGAAACUGUGUCAAUGGGCAAAUUGAUGGCUACAUAGCUGGCGAGGAUUAUCCAGUCUACGAUGCGGUGCCCAAGGGCUUGUCCUUCAACUGCCAAGGACGUCAGCCGGGCUACUAUGCGGAUACCGAGACAAGGUGUCAGGUCUGGCACUGGUGUUUGCACUCUGGACACCAAUACUCCUUCCUCUGUCCCAAUGGCACCGUCUUCAAUCAGGCUGUACGCGUCUGCGAUUGGUGGUCGAACGUGAACUGCGCCGGCUCCGAGCAGUUGUAUCAGAACAACGAUGAGCUUUAUCGCAUACCAGAGCGCAGCCAGCAGCUGCAGCAGCAGGAUGAGGUAUGAUAUAAGGCUGAUGAUGAGUAUAAGAUUGGGACAGCACACACAACGGCGGCGGAGGCAGUGAAUCGGCAACGAGGCGGCAGACAGCGACAGUUUCUGGCACAAAACAAAAGCAACAUCAACAUCAACAGCAGCAGCAGCAGCAGCAGCAACAUAGAUAAAAGCAAGCACAUCAACAACAACAUCAACAACAACAGAAUCGUAGAUAGCACCGCACCAACCAACUACAAUAAAAUGACCAAAAAUAGUUUUAGAGGCAGCAUGAGAUACACAACCAAUCAAUCUCAAUCGUCAUACUCAUCAUCACAGCAGCAACAGCAGCAGCAGCAACAGCAACAAUAUAAUUCUAGUAAAAGUAGCGAAUAUCAAAGUAGACACAAUAGUGGCAGUAGCCGUAAGCAGAGCAGUAGAAAUAAAAGUAAACAAUUUAGGAUAGGCAACGCGUCCUCUAGACAUAGCAAUCGCACCACAAGCACCCAACACAGCGGCGGCAGCAGCAGCAGCAGCAACAGCCGCAGCAACGGCAGCAGCAACAACAACUACAACAGCAAACAACGCGGCGCAAUGCGCUACAAUUUGAAUAAAUUUGAAAACGACGAUGAGCUCAAGGAUUAUAAAAGUAAAAUCAAAAAUAAAUACAACAUCGAUUAUGAUCAUUCUUUGGAUGAAGAAUAUGAAAUAAUUGAGGCCAUUGAGUGAAUCAAAAAUAAAGAACAUCUCACUAAAGCUUUGUAAUUGUUGUUGUUGUCAAGUGAAUGUGCUACAAAUUGACUUUGCUUACCGCUCCCCAGUUGGCAAGUUUCCCAAAUUCACUUUUGUAAAUAUAUUAUUUCUUGCACAUUUCACCUUUAUAAAUCUUAUGUACCUGCAACAAAAU